UUUGGAUUUGGUUACAGCUACUUGAUUGCUUCAAUGGGUCUUCAAUUGCUGUGGAGCUUUGGCCUUGCAUGUCUUGAUGUUUAUGCUCUGAGAGGAAAGAAAGAUCUCCAAAACCCAAUCUUGGUUAGCUUAUUCGUCGUUGGUGAUUGGGUGACUGCAAUGUUAUCUCUCGCAGCUGCGUGUUCAUCAGCGGGUGUUGUAGUCUUAUUUGCCAGAGAUCUUAAGUAUUGCAAUAUCCGUGAGCAGUUUUCAUGUCUUAGGUAUCAAGUAGCUGUAGCUCUGGCUUUCGUCUCUUGGUUUCAGAUCGCUAUUUCUUCUCAUGUCACAUUUUGGAUCUUAGCCUCUGUUUAGUUUCUUCAUGAAAUGUUGAGAACAACAUCUUGUAGCUUUUGAUGACGUAUAACGUUUGGUUCAAAUCAUAUCCAUCAAUGGUUUCUUGAAAUUAAAGCG